ACUGGGCAGCAUCCUCCGUGGUUGGGCUUGCUGGUAUCUUCACCAUGAGAAACGGGCAUCUAAGUUUGCUGCUGGGACUCUUGACACAGCUGCUGUUGCCACUGGGAGCUGCUGCCCGGAAGACUAGUGACUGUGCACGGUGGUGCCCUCUGAACUCCAGAUGUGUCAACGCCACGGCCUGUCGCUGCUCUCCGGGGUUCACUUCUUCAUCCGGGGACGUCUUCACCAACCUCUUGGAGAAUUGUGAUGACAUCGAUGAGUGUGGGCCACCCUUGCCAGUGUCCUGUGGAAAAUUUGCAGACUGCCAGAACACAGAGGGGAGCUUCUACUGCAAAUGCAGCCCCGGAUACCUGCUUGCUUCUGGGGCAAAAGCGUUCCGGAAUGAGAGUGAGAACACGUGUCAAGACAUAGACAGAUGUCAGCGGAAACGCAGACUCUGUAAAGGCCGCAGCAUCUGUAUCAACACCCAGGGCAACUACACCUGUGGGUGCCCACCCGGCUUGGAGCUCAACCUGAGCGACCCAAACGUGUGCUCAGAUGUGAAUGAAUGUACCUCGGGGCAAAACCCGUGCCACACCACCACCCACUGCCUCAACAACAUUGGGAGCUAUGAGUGCCGCUGCCUCCCUGGCUGGAAGCCCAUUCCUGGGUCCCCCAAUGGCCCAAACAACACCGUCUGUGAAGAUGUGGACGAGUGCAGCUUCCGGCCGCCUGUGUGCCACAACUCCACCGUCUGCGUCAACACCGUGGGCUCAUACAGGUGCCGCUGCCGCCGUGGCUGGGAGCUCAAACCCGGAUUCCAGAAUAAGCAAAUGAACACCACCUGUCAAGAGAUGUCCUUCCCUGCCUGGACCGAACCCCCUGGAAUCAAGAGCCAGAGACUCUCCAACUUCUUUAAAAAAGUCCAAGUUCUGCGCAGAGACUUCAAGCCGGCCUUGGCUCAGGACACCAUCCAGGGCCUCAUAGAGGGGGUGGAUGAGUUGUUGCAGACCCCGCCAGACCUGGAGGCGCUGCCCCGCUCAGAGCAGCACCGUGUGGCCACAAACCUGCUCGCUGGCCUGGAGGACGUCCUGAGAAACAUAAGCCAGGCCCUGCCCAAUGGGACAUUGACCUUCAGUGCAUCUGCAGGCACAGACCUGUCCCUGAAGGUGCAAGAACAAGGAGACAGAAAUGUCACCUUGAGUCUGAACCAGGCAAAGAUGCUGCUGAGCUUGGAUGAGGUGCAUGAAUCUAGUGACUCAGGUCCUUCUGUGGUGGGCCUCGUCUCCACUCCAGGGAUGAGCAAGUUACUGGCUGAGGCGCCCCUGGUCCUGGACCUUCAGCAGCAGGCAGUUCUGCGUGAACACAAGGAAUUGCUGGGGGAGGUCUCCCCUGUCCUGCUCUCAGAUGUCGUCUCUGCCUUUGUGAGCAACAAGGACACCCAGAACCUCGGCUCCCCCGUCACCUUCAUCUUCUCCCACCACUCGGUGAUGCCCGGGCCAACGCAGAAGGUGUUCUGUGUCUUCUGGGAGCACAGUCAGGAUGGAGGCGGUCAUUGGUCCACCACGGGCUGCAGGAUGGUGGCCACCGGAGAUGCCAACACCACCUGCCAGUGCUCCCACCUCAGCAGCUUUGCCGUCCUCAUGGCCCACAGCCACGUGCAGGAGGAGGAUCCCGUGCUGGCUGUCAUCACCUACGUGGGGCUGGGCCUCUCUCUGCUGUGCCUCCUCCUGGCAGCCCUCACCUUCCUCCUGUGCAAAGCCAUCCAGAACACCAGCACCUCGCUCCACCUGCAGCUCUCGAUCUGCCUCUUCCUGGCCCACCUGCUCUUCCUCACGGCCAUCGACCAGACCAAGAUCAAGCUGCUGUGCACCAUCAUCGCGGGGGCCUUACACUAUCUCUACCUGGCCUCCUUCACCUGGAUGCUGUUGGACGGUCUACACCUCUUCCUCACGGCACGCAACCUGAUGGUGGUCAACUACUCCAGUGUGAGCAGGUUCAUGAAGAGACUCAUGUUCCCUGUGGGCUAUGGAGUCCCGGCUCUAAUCGUGGCCAUUUCUGCUGCAUCCAGACCUUCCCUUUAUGGAACACCCACCAGCUGCUGGCUCCAUCCAGAAAAGAUGUUUAUAUGGAGCUUCCUGGGACCAGUCUGUGUCAUUAUAUCUGUCAAUUUAGUGUUGUUUUUCAUGACCCUCUGGAUUUUGCAAAGCAAGCUGUCUUCCCUCAACAGCGAUGUAUCCACCCUCCAGAACACAAGGAUGCUGACAUUGAAAGCGACGGCUCAGCUCCUCAUCCUGGGCUGCACGUGGUGUCUGGGCGUCCUGCAGGUGGGGCCAGCUGCCCGCGUCAUGGCUUACCUCUUCACCAUCAUCAACAGCCUGCAGGGAGCGUUCAUCUUCCUGGUGUACUGCCUCCUCAGCCAGCAGGUCCGGGAGCAGUACAGGAAAUGGUUUAGAAGGGCCAGGAAAGCCAAAGCCGAGUCUGAGAAGUACACACUGUCCAGCAGGGCCGUGUCUGAUGCCUCCACCCCCAACACGAUUCUACUCACAUGCCCUUCUCUCUCUAUGAGAAGAGAGAGAGAGAGUGCGAGCGGAGGAGGGGCAGAGAGAGAGGGAGACACAGAAUUGGAAGCAGGCUCCAGGCUCUGCAACAUCAGCACAGAGCCUGAUGCGGGGCUCGAACUUGUGAACCGUGAGAUCAUGACCUGAGCUGAAGUCAUUCGCCUAACCAACUGAGCCACCCAGGUUAAUUAAAACAACCUUUUGAAUUAUAUAUUCUUAAAUCUGUGGAAAACUGGAACUGUUAUUCUCUGAACCCCUGACAGAGGACAAGUAAGACUUUGUUGUGUGUGUUUCAAGAAAUUCAUCGUGUCGGCAAUGUGAAAGACGUCAACCAUGCUUGACAUUCAGUUCCUGCAAAAUCUGGAAUUUGUAUGUGCCUUUAAGUGUGCUUAGAAAACUUCCAACAUAGAAAGGGCCAGCUGUGGCUCAAUUUCUUGGUCACUCUGGGUUAAGCCCUUCACCGAAGCCUCUCCUUCCUACAAAGACACGUCCAGAUGUUGACAAUCUAUGAGCCAGAAAACUCACCUCAACGGAUUUUCCUACGUACAACAUUCAUGGCGGGGGGGUGGGGGGGGGGCAGGGCAGUUAGGGAAUUUACAUAUGCAUUGGGUAGGAGGGCACAAACAUUCAGUCCACAACAAUCUGUAAGAUGGAAAACCAGAAGAAAGGGGUACUGUGGUCUAGGGGAUCCUGUGCCUGUGGGGACAUGGUAGGCAUGGGACAAACCCUCGUUGGGGAGGGCAGGUGGGAGAGAGCUCGAGGGUUAUCUGAUAGCAGCAUCCCUAGAUGGUUACGGUUUGGGAGGCAGAUCUCAGCAUUUGUCCCUUUAUCUUCACUUUUAAAGCCUAUCAAAUCUUGUCUCCUUAUUUAUAAUGGGAAUAACAAUGUUAAUUUCCUGAUGGGUCAUUUUUGAAUGUUAAGUGAGAAAAUAAAGACUAAGUUCUGGUAGGAAACCCAAAGAUAAGAGUUAACUGGGGCAAGUGGGCAUGGCUGUUUUCUAGCUCAUUUCUCCAGAAUUCUGUCCUCAAGUUAGACACUGCCAUGAGGCAAGUCUCUGAAGUGAGAUUCCACUUCUCACACUAGAGCUCCAGUACAAGACCCAUCCAUCAAAGGUGGCAGCGAGGGACGAAGAGACAAGGUUGAAGAGGUCUUUCCCUUCAGCUCUCUGCUUUGGGGGGCGGCUGUGAGCAGCUUACAUCACCACUUGCCCCCAUUCCUUGAUCUGAUGGCUAUUGUGUAGACGAGGAAGCAGGGACUCAAUCAAGAUUUAGCACCUUGGUAGAGAACGUAGAAUCUGGACACCAGAAGUAUGUUCCAAGAAGCUUUCAGAAGCUGAAAGUUAAGGAGCCCAUGUGUCAUGGAACUGGUAAGUUUAAAAGUCAGGGACCACAAAACCACAAACAGCAGAACAUGCAGACUUAGAGUCAUCAAGUCCCAGGGACGACUUUGAUAUCCAGAGGUUGGGUGCUUGGGUUCUAGCCAUGUAAGAUUGUGAGAGAGAGCAUCUGGGAUAUGGAAGUUCCCAGGGAUUCAGAGGGGGGCUUUAAAAAAUGUUUAUUUAUUUAUUUUUGAGAGAGAGAGAGAGAGAGAGAGAGAGAGAGAGAACGAACAAGCAGGGAAGGGGCAAAGAGAGAGGGAGACACAGAAUCCGAAGCAGCCUCCAGGCUCUGAGCUGUAGCACAGAGCCUGAUGUGGGGCUUGAACCCAUGAACCACGAGAUCAUGACCUGAGCUGAUGUAGGCUGCUUAACUGACUGAGCCACCCAGGUGCCCCAGAAAAGUGGGCUUAAGAAGUGAAAUAGAAGCCAGGGCACUGGGGGAAGGAGUAGUAAAAUAGAAUGCAUGGAGGGGACCAACCACUGGGGAAUGGUAGGGGCUGAGCUAGAUCAGUCAUCCUUCCUUUGGGACAUUCUGGGCUAGGAAUUCCAAAGACUGAUAGGUAGGGAUAGGGGUCUGGGAAGAACUAAGUGAGAUAUUUUGUGAGUGAAGAUGGGAAGAUCAGGGAUGGUGAGGGGGCUUGAUAGGCAUUG